CCGCCCGCCCACCUUGAACUGGUCUGGGCUGCGCGCUGCUCCAGCCGAGACGCGAAGCCAGCGGCGGCUCGGUCCAAAGCCAUGAACGGCGGUGUGUGCGUGUGCUCGCUGUUGGCGGUGCUCGCGGCGGUCGCCCUGUCGCAGCCCCAGUCCGGGACCCCGGCAGGUCCCUCGGGCUCCGCGGUGCCCCGGGCGGAAGAGGCGCCGCGAAGGCAGCUGAGAGCCGCGCCCAGGACGGACGCGGAGCCCCGGGUGCGCCUGGGCGCGCUGCUGGCCCGGUACAUCCAGCAGGCCCGGAAAGUUCCUUCUGGUCGCGUGUCCAUCAUGAAGAACCUGCAGAGCCUGGACCCCAGCCACAGGAUAAGUGACCGCGACUACAUGGGCUGGAUGGACUUCGGCCGGCGCAGUGCUGAGGAGUAUGAGUAGCCCUCACCGGGGGCUGCCGCCCUCAGGCGGUUUGGAGGAGGCAGAAUCAGAAAACAACCACACUACUCCAUGUCUCUGCACUUUGACAUUUUAAGUAUCUAUUUAUUAAGUUCUCGAUGCGAAAAGUCUUGUCUGUUCAGAAUGCCCAUUGCAACCACACACCUCAGCCAAAUUGUGCCGUGGGAAGACGUUUCCUUCUUUUGUGACUCCUGUAAAAUGUUGCUAUGCUAUUAAAGUGAUUUCCUUCUGCCCCUCA